AUGCGCCUCGAGAGCGCCGAGCGCGUGGGCUCGCCGUCGAUCCCAGCCGACCUCGAUGCUCGUGAGGCGGCCUCGCCGCCAUCGACGUUGGGCGGAGACGACGAGGCGAGUCACCCAUGUCGGGAGCGGCUCCGCGAGAAGGCGCUCCCUGCCGCAACCGAUCCCGGGCGCCCGCCCGAUCCCGGGCGGCCCUCUGCUCCUCCAGCGUCGUUGCAGGAGCCCGGCGGCGCGAGCGCGCACCACGCUGUCCAGCUCUGGUCGGUCGACGUCGGCGAAGCUCGCGCCGCCUCUGGCCCACGCUUCCGCACUCAUGGAGUCGCCUGGCAGCCGUCCGGCUGCCCGAUCUGGGAGCCGUCCGGCUCCCCCACGCCCCGUCCGGAGCGCCUCACCUCGCUCCGUCCGGAGCGUCACCCAGCGCUGCCACCGGGAACGGAUGAGCCCAGCGGCUGCCACGGCUCUCUCGUCGGCGGCGAGGCCGAUUCCGGCCAGCGCGCAGUCACCUGGCAGCCGUCCGACUGCCCGAUCUGGGAGCCGUCCGGCUCCCCCACGCCCCGUCCGGGGCGCCUCGACCCGCUCCGUCCGGAGCGUCACCCAGCGCUGCCACCGGGAACGGAUGAGCCCAGCGGCUGCCACGGCUCUCUCGUCGGCGGCGAGGCCGAUUCCGGCCAGCGCGCAGUCACCUGGCAGCCGUCCGGCUGCCCGAUCUGGGAGCCGUCCGGCUCCCCCACGCCCCGUCCGGGGCGCCUCGACCCGCUCCGUCCGGAGCGUCACCCAGCGCUGCCACCGGGAACGGAUGAGCCCAGCGGCUGCCACGGCUCUCUCGUCGGCGGCGAGGCCGAUCCCGGCCCACGCGCUCUGCUCUUGGAGGCGGCGGCUCCCGCCGUCGCCGAUUGCCUCCUCGUCUGCCCGCUCGACACUCGUGGCUGA